AAAGCAUAGUUGUGAUUUGGUUGGGUAGUUUGUUAUAUGGGAAGCUGGGUGCAUUUGGAGCUGUAACCCUACCCUUCUCAGUUAGAGAAGGAAUCAACACCUUCUUGUCGGGAUUUGUUCCUACAGAAAACCUAAGGUACCGAGAUGAAUCUUUAACUUUUAAGGUUGCUGAGACUCCACAAGAAAGCGGUGAGGAAAUUGAGACAUAUGCAUGGUAUAGAUACCCAUCGAUGACUAAAACGUUGGGAGAGUUCAAGCUUCAAGUUAUAGAGGGUAAAUUUACCAAUUCUCAAAUUAUUGUGAUGUUGGGUGAGAAUGGAUCAGGGAAGACCACAUUUAUGAGAAUGCUGGUUGGUCUAUCGAAACCUGAUUCUGGUAUAGAGAUACCUGAGCUUCAUGUUUCUUACAAAAACCAGAAAAUUAAUCCAAAGCAUGCAACAAAAGUCAAAGACCUGCUUCAUGAAAAAAUUUGUGAUUCCUGUACACAUCCCCAGUUUGUGACAGACGUGAUGAAGCCUCUUCAUAUUGGGCAAUUAAUGGAUCAAGAAAUAACCAAACUCUCUGGUGGAGAGCUGCAAAGGGUUGCUCUAUGUGUAUGCCUUAGAAAGCCUGCAGACAUCUAUCUGAUAGAUGAACCAAGUGCAUAUCUUGAUUCUGAGCAGCGUAUCGUUGCAGCAAAAGUCAUAAAGAGGUUCGUCCUCCACGCUAAGAAAACCGCAUUCGUGGUUGAGCAUGAUUUCAUUAUUGCUACUUACUUGGCAGACAAAGUUAUUGUCUAUGAAGGAAAGUCAUCAGUUGAUUGUAUUGCAAAUUCUCCACAAUCUUUGUUGACUGGGAUGAAUCUCUUCUUAUCUCAACUGGAUAUCACAUUUAGACGUGACCCUACAAACUGUCGCCCAGGAAUCAACAAAUUGAACUCAACCAAGGAUAGGGAGCAAAAGGCUGCUGGGUCCUAUUAUUACCUGGACGACUAAACUGGAACACUGUCCAACAUGUUCGAGACAAUUCCCCUCCCCAACUCCAAGGGUGGGACUCCAUGGGACGGGACUCAACUAAGCCCUAGCCACCAAAUGGGAAAGUUGUGCAAAGUUUCAGAGGGCAGGGAAUUGAUAGAUACACUCUAGUCAAUAUUAAUAACAAUCCUAGAAGACAAGGCUGAGUUACCGGCAGGCAUGCCAACAAAUGAUCGGAGAGGGUUCUUUGCCUGUGAAUAUAUAGGAGAUUGCUGUUUUUGCUUGAAUGAGUGUGUUCAGCCCAUGUGACCAAAUUCAGUACAUUUUCCCUCUAUGGGAUAGUGUUUUAUGGCCUCUCAUGGCAUCAAAUAUUGUAUUUAACUAAAUGCUUUUUUCUUUUUUUGGGUUUUUAUUCGUAUUGGACUAAAUGCCAUUUGAGAAAUAAGCUCUUUUCUUCUGAAAGUGCUUUUUGGAAUUGUUACCCCAAAAAAAAAAAAAAAAAAAAGUGCUUUUG